AUGUUGUGUGAGGUAUGCAACAACGAGGUAUCCAAAUACAAAUGCCCUCGGUGUUCGGUCAACUACUGUUCAAUAGCAUGCUAUAAGAGCGAUACACAUACUGCGCGGCAUGCCGACAAUCGUGGUGGUGUUGGCACCACCACAGCCCAAACCGCCCCUGUCUCUCCUCUGCGGCCCGACAGAUUCUCCUUUAUCGUCAGCGAUCCCACCAUCAAAAAUCUCCUCACAAUUCCCGCCUUACAGAUGCAUCUUUCUACGUUGAUCAAGUUGGCCGACACUUUCGAGUCGUCCAACAAAAAUUAUCUCCUCAAUUUGAAGAUUAACGAUUUGCGUCUGGAUGGUUCGGAGCAGAAUGUGCUCAUUGAGGAGUUUGUGCAGCGAUUUUUGAAGUUGAGUGACGAGUGGGAGCUGCAGCACGGAAGUUAG